GGCAGCUUAGGCCCCUUCUGGCCCCCUGCAGAUGCAUUCGUUGCCUGAUUCCCCCAGCUGCUCUCCUGAGCCCUGUCCUGUGCUUAAUCGUUGGAGAUCUCUUCCUUGUGCUCCUCCUGUCCUUUGUGCCUCCGUGGGCUGAAGGCUCCUUUCCUCCUCCCUGCUGGUCAGUGCGGGGGCUGCUCCCUGGGGGCAGGGAUGGACCGGGCUGCACGGAGCAGCUCUGUUGCUGUCUGGCUGGUGGGUGGGAGUAGCUCGAGUUGUGCUGUAGCCUCUGAUGGUGCUUGAAACAGAAAGGAUACCCCUCCCCUCUUUUUGCUUUCCUCUCCCUUCCCUUGUUUUGCCACCUUCAAACAGGGAGCAAUGUGGUGCAGCGCCCAGAAUGAGGUCAGCUGCAAUAAAGCCCUUAGCUCAUCGCUGCUGCUCACAAAGCUUUUCCAUUUCUGCUGUGUAACGGUGUAUGAGGCUCUAAUGCUGAGCCAGGCUGCGCUGCCCGGAACAACCACUCCCCCCGGUGCCGCAGCUGAGCUCCCCAGCUGGGGCUGGCUCCAUUCUGCCCUCCCGCAUCCAUGCAGGAGCCAAGACCCGUCCACGCUCACACUGUUGGGAUCUGCAGACCCGACGUUUUGCAGCUCUGCUCUCCAAACCCCUGCUGAUAAAGCUGAAAUUCACCACGUGUACCACUGAGCCGGGUGGGGAAGCUGAUGUCUGCUAGGCUGGAUUCCUCCUGCUCACGUUUCCCCAUCAGCCUGGGCUGGUCCUGCCUGGGGGGAACGAGAGGCUCUGGGGACGCCGUCUGCCCAAGUGGAUGGCGCCGAGCAGGGCUGAUCCAUCCAGCUGGGCUAUGCCGCCAGCAUUUGGCUGUGGGCACAUGGCCCUAUGAGCUAUGCUGGAGAUCAGGGCCAGGUAUUGUGCUUGCACAUUUGAGGACCUCCCCAUGCUGCAACUUCCAACCACAGCCUCGCUGCUCCCAGCGUGGCAGCGGAGAUGUGUGCUCUGGCCUCAACUCUGCGUGCCGCUCUUGUUUGUGGGGUGUAAAGCCAUGCCUGGCACAGAGCACCCAUCCUGCACACGGCUGCCUUCAUCCACACGGGGCCAGGGGCAACUCUGAGCCCUGGGGAGGCCCCGGCCCCCACGAGAAUGGGAUGCAAGCAUCCGGUGGAAACAGGCAGUGGAUGGAGCCCUGAAUGGCUCUUUGGUGGCUGAGCAGCUCCAGGCAUCAAUCGUGAGAUGAAGGCACAUGAUGGUCAGAUGGGUCCUGCAUCCCCAGCCCGCCCAAGCUCCCAGGGGCACUGUGCUGAGAGAGACUGCGAAUGGCCACAACACGGGACCGCACUCAAUUGCUUCUUUGACAAUCCCCAGGGAGUGCAUCGCAGCCCACAGCACGGCACCCUCCCGGGGACACUUGAGGGAACGUGGCUGUGGCCGCGGCCACGGCCGCAUAUGGGCUCUGCCCUUCACACUGCCCUUGUUGUGGGGUCCCCAGGGCACGCAAAACCCCAUGGUGUGUGUGGGAUCCCCAGUGUGCACAGUCCUCCAGCGCACCCGGUUCCCAAAGGGAUCAGGGAAACCCUGCUGAGUUGCAUGGCCCCCAGAUGGCAUGCCCAGUCCUGGGGCAUGCAGGACCCCAGGGCGCACAGAGACCCCAGCACGGUGUGCACAGUGCCCCAGCACGGCUCAGCCCCCAGCUACCCGGGCACAGGCCGUCAUGUGCGUGCCCACCCUUCUCAGGAGGAGGAGCCGAGGGAGCCAGCUUUAAAUUAGGACAGAGAAAGGGCCCUUUCUUCCCCAUCACCACCGCUGAGCUCUGGAUACGCCAGGCAGUGCUCGUGGGGAGGGCAGUUGAGACAGCGGAGUCUCUGCGCUGCUGCCCAGUGGGCUCCCGGGUGGGGGAUCCCUUCCUCAUCCUUGUGCCCGGGGCACAGAGGUGCCCACAUCCCUUCUGCCUCGUGGUCGGGCGCUGUGUGAGCACUGGUGGGGCUGAUUGUGAGCACAGGGACUUUGCGUGCGCUGCAGUUGUGCUCAGGGCCACGGCCCCCAGCCAGGGGGUCCCUGGGGCUGAGGCCAGGGCCAUGUCGACUCUGGCCCCCCUGCGUCUGCUGCGCGAACCCUGGAACGCCAGUGAGGGCAACCAGAGCAACGCCACAGCUGGGGCCGGCGGCGCCUGGUGCCAGGGACUGGACAUCCCCAAUGAGCUCUUCCUGACACUGGGGCUGGUGAGCCUGGUGGAGAACCUGCUGGUGGUGGCCGCCAUCCUCAAGAACAGGAAUCUGCAUUCUCCCAUGUACUACUUCAUCUGCUGCCUGGCCGUCUCCGACAUGCUGGUGAGCGUCAGCAACCUGGCCGAGACGCUCUUCAUGCUGCUGAUGGAGCACGGUGUGCUGGUAAUCCGUGCCAGCAUCGUCCGCCACAUGGACAACGUCAUCGACAUGCUCAUCUGCAGCUCCGUCGUGUCCUCCCUCUCCUUCCUGGGGGUCAUCGCCGUGGACCGCUACAUCACCAUCUUCUACGCACUGCGCUACCACAGCAUCAUGACGCUGCAGCGCGCUGUGGUCACCAUGGCCAGCGUCUGGCUGGCCAGCACCGUCUCCAGCACCGUCUUCAUCACCUACUACCGCAACAACGCCAUCCUGCUCUGCCUCAUCGGCUUCUUCCUCUUCAUGCUGGUCCUCAUGCUGGUGCUUUACAUUCACAUGUUCGCGCUGGCUCGCCAUCAUGUGCGCAACAUCUCCAGCCAGCAGAAGCAGCCCACCAUCUACCGCACCAGCAGCCUGAAGGGAGCCGUCACGCUCACCAUCCUGCUGGGAGUCUUCUUCAUCUGCUGGGGGCCCUUCUUCUUCCACCUCAUCCUCAUUGUCACCUGCCCCACCAACCCUUUCUGUACCUGCUUCUUCAGCUAUUUCAACCUCUUCCUCAUCCUCAUCAUCUGCAAUUCAGUGAUCGAUCCCUUGAUCUAUGCCUUCCGGAGCCAGGAGCUCCGGCGGACGCUGCGGGAGGUGGUGCUGUGCUCCUGGUAGGCAGCGGCACAGACAGGAGGAUGGGUGGAUGGAUGGAUGGACGGAUGGACAGACGGGUGGAUGGACAGAUGGACACACUGUGGGGUGUCCCCUGGGUGGCCCAAUACAGCUGGCGUUGGGCUGCCCGACCUCGCGCUCCCAAAUAAAGCCUUUUUGCAGUGAUGUGUGCCUGGCACCGCGCAUGGCCGUGGGCACUGGGUGUGGGUCAGCCCCGAGCACCAGCACCUGGGCGCUUCCCACCAGCCCGUGCCCCACGUUCACCCGCGGACAGAUCGCUGCCCGACAGCAGCAAUGCAAGCACCGGUUCCGG